UGAAGUGAGAACAGAAGCAAUCGCCGGUCUUCCCGUUCGCCGUGUUUCUACCCUUCUCCGAUUCGAUUUCGCGCUAAACAAAUCUCUCUCCGGCACGUCGCCGAUUCAAGUCAACAGAACCUCGAAGAAGUUUCUUCAAGCUCGUUAAUGGCUUCAGUUCCUUCCAAGCUCUAUGCAGACGACGUUAGCCUUGUGAUGGUGUUGCUGGACACGAAUCCUUUCUUCUGGAGCUCAUCCACUCUCUCUUUCUCCCAGUUUCUUUCCCAUGUUCUUGCGUUUGUAAAUGGAUUACUGACCCUCAAUCAGCUGAACCAAGUUGUGGUCAUUGCCACUGGGUAUAAUUCCUGUGAUUAUCUAUUUGAUUCGUCUUCGGAUACAAACCGAAACUUUGAGAAUGGGGGAAUGCCUGCCAUCUACUCCAGUUUGUUGCAGAGAUUGGACGAAUUCCUCACCAGAGAUGAACAGUUGGGAAAGGAGGAGGCUGAGGGAAGGAUUAGGUCUUCACUCUUGUCAGGAUCUUUAUCAAUGGCUCUUUGUUAUAUACAGAGAGUUUUUCGCUCAGGUUCUCUACAUCCACAACCUAGAGUAAGUAUCUCUGCUGCCUUUUGACCCAUCUGCUGGAUUGGAGUAAAAUUUUCAUCUUUACUCAAGCCAUAUUGAGUAAUAACUCAUCUUAUGAUUGUUCCUAUGUGCAAUAUGAAACUGAAUGCUGUAUCCCACUCAAACAUCUGGUUGCUUCUUGCAUUGUUCUUGUUACUAUCAUGCUAAUUUACUGGCAUAUGUUGGCAGAUUUUAUGCUUGCAGGGAUCACCAGAUGGACCUGAACAGUAUGUUGCAAUCAUGAAUUCAAUUUUCUCUGCCCAACGUUCUAUGGUUCCUAUAGAUUCUUGCUAUAUGGGUGCUCAGAAUUCUGCCUUCCUACAGCAGGCUUCUUACAUAACUGGUGGCGUACAUCAUAAACCUCAACAUUUGGAUGGGCUCUUUCAAUAUCUCAUGACUAUUUUUGCUACUGAUUUGCACUCUCGCAGCUUCUUACAACUUCCGAAGCCUGUUGGUGUUGAUUUUCGUGCUUCAUGUUUUUGCCAUAAAAGUACAAUUGACAUGGGCUACAUCUGUUCUGUAUGUUUGUCAAUAUUCUGUAAGCAUCACAAGAAAUGUUCAACCUGUGGAUCAGUGUUUGGUCAGGCUCAAUCAGAUGCUGCCUCAGCAUCUGAUAAAAAGAGAAAGACUCCAGAAACAUAGUGAUAAAGGUCCCAAGGAUGAUCUGAAGGUUUUCUCAACUAUGAUAUUUGGUGAGUCUUUCAUACUUUGAUGUUUAUCUCAUUGGCAAUUACACAUGCAUAGCUCACUGGUAUCUGCUGAGUGUUAGUUCUGUGCUUGUUUUCUUGUCAUAGCAAAAGGAUCUGUUUAUGCUGAAUUUCGAGGUGCUGAGUCUGCUGAUAGAAUUUCUAUUUACAGUCAAUGUGAAUGCAGAAAGGAACAGUUUAG